AUGCCUAGCUCGUGUCCGGAAGCAAGUGGGAGAAAUAUUACAGAUUUUGGUGCGUCAAAACAGCGGGUCUUUGAGGAGGUACGCAACAAAAUUAAUGCCAAGCUUAUGGGGUGGUCUGAACAAUAUUUAUCGCAAGCUGGGAAGGAAGUGCUAAUCAAAGCCGUGGCCAUGGCUAUGCCGAAUAAUGCUAUGUCAUGUUUUCAGUUACCCAUUAAUUUAUGCAAGGAGAUAGAGAGGGAGAUCAUUCGGUAUUGGUGGAAGGGGCACAAGGAGCAUAAGGGUAUCCACUGGGUUGGUUGGCAACGUCUCAGUAUGUUGAAAGAAGCUGGGGGUAUGGGCUUUCGAGACCUUAGAUGCUUCAACCUAGCCAUGCUUGCAAAAAUUGGUUGGCAAAUUAUCAAACACCCUGACUCACUGCUGGCCACUACUUAUCGGGACAAGUAUUUUAGAUCUUCAGAUUUCAUGAGCGCUGGUGGUGGUUGUGGGACGUCGUGGGGGUGGAAGGGUAUUUUGCAAGGACGGAAAAUAUUGGAGGCAGGCAUGAGAUGGCGUAUAGGCAAUGGACAUCAAGGACUUAUUGACGAUCAAACGAAGAUGUGGAAUCGAGAUCUUAUUUUGCGGUGUUUCAAUAGUGCGGAUGCCCAGACCAUAUUAUCAUUACCUCUUAGCAGGUGGGGCUGUGAUGACAGACUAGUGUGGCAUUUUACUACGCAUGGUGGAUACUCAGUUCAUACCGGCUAUGAAUUUGCUCUAACCUUACGGAAAAGUGGUGAGUUGGGGGGGAAAGUGGAAGGGGAGUGUAGCUAUGGAAAUGAUCGAAAGAAAUUUUGGAAGAGCAUUUGGAGAUUGCAAGUACCGCCUAAAAUUCGAGCAUUUGUUUGGAGGAGUUGUCGAAAUGCUUUAGCAGUAAAAGGAAACUUGCGGCGUCGAUCGGUUGAUGUUGAUAAUACCUGCGUCCUUUGUGGCUGUGAAGGAGAGUCUCAAUUGAUUGGGGAGGAGUUUAGUGAGUGCUGGGACAACUUAUUACAGAAGUAUGAGAAGCAUCGGAACUCUCAAGAAAUUUUACAGGUGGUGGUUUUUGGGUUAUGGAGGCUGUGGAAAACAAGAAAUAAUGCAGUGUUUGAAGGCUCUGUCAUGGACCCUACAACGAUGGUGGGAUGUCUCCAUGCGCAGGUGCAAGAGGAUCGGGCUGCCCGGGUGGCUGCCAAGCCAUUGAUUAACGAGUUACCCUGUCCGCCAGAUCGUGUUCAACAGGUGCCUACUGCCUGGACUAAGCCGCCACAUGGUUGGGUUAAGGCUAAUUGUGACGGAGCUUGGCUACAGCAGACGCAAAAGGGAGGGGUUGGUUGGGUUAUUAGAGAUUCUGAUGGGUGGCUGGUGCAGACAGGGGGUGUAGGGGGAUUAUGGGGUAGUAUGGCCUUGAUGAUGGAGGCAGAGGCGAUAAGAGAAGCCUUGCUGGCUUGCAUUAGGGGUCGACUGGUGUAUGUGGAGAUUGAAUCUGACUCGAUGCAAUUGAUCCAGAUGCUUAGAGGGGAGCGUCAAGUCGAUGUUGCGGUGGAGGCUAUGGUGUUUGAUAUUAAGGUGCUUGCUGGCAGGCUCCAACAGGUUGUUUUUUUAGCUACUCCCCCGUCAGUGUAA